GGAGAGACCCUCGCUGACGCGCGCCUUGUAUGCAAACAUAAAUUUAGCGACAGCGUGUUCCUCGGGCACAAACAUUUGGAGGCAAAUAUGAUGGGGCACGUCUUUAUCGGAAGCUUUUUUGCCAAAGUCAGCAGAGAGAGCUAGACGCUUCCAGAGGCUGUUUGGCUCCGUUCUUUGCAGACCGCGAAGAAUUAAAGGAAAGAUGAAGAGAACUGCGCUGUUGAUUCUCAUACACUGCUUGUGUUGGUUUAAGGUCAGCAGUAACAGCGAUGCUGUCUUCAUCCGGGAAUUCACACUUACUCGCCACGAUGAUCUCCUGGACGACACGUCUCAUGAAGCACCGGGGGUGCACAAACCAGAAAAUUCUCGGACAGCACGUUCAGAAGAAGACAGGGAUACGCUUUGGGAUGCCUGGGGAACAUGGAGCGAAUGUUCUCGUACCUGUGGGGGCGGAGCUUCUUAUUCACUCAGACGCUGCCUCAGCUCCAAAACUUGUGAGGGACAGAAUAUCAAAUACCGCACGUGUAGCAACGUGGACUGCCCGCCAGAUUCAGAAGAUUUUCGUUCUCAGCAGUGCUCGGCUCACGCUGACGUCCGCUAUCAAGGUCGAUAUCACGAGUGGCUUCCUGUGGACAAUGACCCUGAAAACCCCUGUGCCCUCAAGUGCCGGGCUAAAGCCACAGGACAGGUUGUGGAGCUGGCACCUAAGGUGCUGGAUGGGACACGAUGCUACACGGAGUCCCUUGAUAUGUGCAUCAGCGGAGCAUGUCAGAUUGUCGGCUGUGAUCAUGAGUUAGGAAGCACGGCUAAAGAAGACAACUGUGGUGUGUGCAAUGGAGAUGGCUCCACAUGCCGACUAGUGAGGGGGCACUACAAAUCCCAGCAUGCCACAGGCAAGACUGAAGACACGGUGAUCAGCAUACCGUAUGGAAGUCGACACGUACGCCUGGUUCUCAAAGGCCCGGAUCACUUGUAUCUGGAGAGUAAGACUUUGCAAGGAGUGAAGGAUGAACUCGCUCUGGAUGAAACCAAGCAGUACGUGUUGGAGAAUACCACGGUGGACUUUCAAAAGCUUCCGGAUAAGGAGGUCUUGAGGAUAACCGGACCGCUCGGAGCCGACUUCAUUGUCAAAAUUAAAUACACAAACGGAGCGGACAGCGUGGUCCAGUUCAUCUUUUAUCAGCCCAUUAUGCAUCGCUGGAGAGAGACAGACUUCUUUCCAUGUUCGGUCACCUGCGGAGGCGGAUAUCAGCUGACGUCAGCAGAAUGUUAUGAUCUUCGCAGUAACCGUGUGGUAGUGGAUCAGUACUGCCACUUUUACCCUGAAAACAUCAAACCAAAACCCAAACUACAGGAGUGCAAUAUGGACCCAUGUCCUGCCAUUGAUGGCUACAAGCAGAUCAUGCCGUAUGACCUUUAUCACCCAUUACCACGGUGGGAGAGCAGCCCGUGGACGGCCUGUUCCACUUCCUGCGGGGGUGGAAUGCAAAGCCGCUCGGUUUCCUGUGUAGAGGAGGACAUGCAGGGCAACAUCAACCCCACAGAUGAGUGGAAGUGUCUGUAUGCAUCAAAGACACCAAUUCUACAGCCAUGCAACACCUUCGACUGUCCAACAUGGCUCGCACAGGAGUGGUCUCCGUGCACAGUAACAUGCGGACAGGGUCUGCGCUACAGAGUGGUCUUGUGUAUCGAUCACAGAGGUCUUCAUGCCGGAGGCUGCAAUCCCACAACUAAACCGCACAUUAAAGAAGAAUGCCUGGUCACAGUGCCCUGCUACAAACCCAUCGAGAAGCUUCCCGUAGAAGCAAAGCCACCGUGGUUCAAGCAAGCCAUCGAGCUGGAAGAAGAGACGGCCGUGUCUGAAGAACCCAUGUUUAUCAGAGGAGCGUGGUUUCCGUGCAGCAGAUCGUGUGGGGCUGGCACUCAGAGAAGAACCGUGAAGUGUCAGAUGAUGCUGUCCUUCUCGCAGACCAUCGAGGACCUGCCGGACGACGAGUGCGAGGGACAGAAACCCCCCGAGAGUCAGCCCUGUUACCGGACCCCGUGCCCUGGAGGUCGAGCGGAGGAGAUAGAAAUAACCCCCACUUCAGAGAGAGAAGAACUGCAUGACUGGGAAUACGAGGGCUUCACUGAAUGUUCAGCAACUUGUGCUGGUGGAAUGCAGGAGGCCGUUGUUAUUUGUCUCAAUAAACAGACCAGAGAGGCGGUGGAUGAGAAGAUGUGUGUUAGCGCACGCAGACCCCCGCAGCUCCUGCAGAGCUGUAACACUGAACCCUGUCCUCCCAGGUGGGAAACGGAGGCUUGGAGUUUCUGCUCGGCCACAUGUGGAGUCGGUCUCCAGACACGUGCCGUGACCUGUGUGUUGAGAACCGGAUCACACGGUAACCACACAGAGAAGGUUAAAGACGAGAACUGUCGACAACCCAAACCCAGCUCAUUCCAAGCCUGCAAUCGCUUCGACUGUCCGCCCACAUGGGAUGUGCAGGAAUGGAGUCAGUGUUCUCAUAGCUGUGGUGGUGGCGUUCAGAAGAGAGAGGUCAUCUGUAAGCAGCGCAUGGCGGACGGAAGUCUUCUUGAAUUACCCGAAACGUUUUGCCCCACACCGAGUUUACCCUCCGUUCAGCCCUGCGGCACAGUGGACUGCCCCGCUCAAUGGAUCUCCACAAACUGGACUCAGUGUUCUGCUACUUGUGGUGAAGGUACCAAGAGGUUGUUGGUGGUGUGUAAAGUGCUUGGAGAAAGAGGACAGUACAAAACGAUGGUUCCUGAUGCCUGUGUCGCUGUUCCCAAACCACCAACGGUCCGAUCUUGCUUCCUCGAACCAUGUGAAAAGAUUUUCAAGCCAGUAGCUGUGAAACCAGAUCCCACCAUCUUGGCUCAACGCAAGGUGUACAUACAGUGGAGAAAAGGCAAGAAGCUACACUUCGUGGUAGGCGGUUUUGCCUACUUAUUGCCUUGGACGUCCGUGGUGCUUCGCUGCCCCACCCGGCAUUUCCCCAAGGGUCACGUCCGCUGGCUGAAAGAUGGUAAACCUUUAGAAGUCACACCUCAUCUGUCGGUAUCUCACGUGGGUUAUGUCAAGAUUCAACAGCUCCGUGCUUCCGAUGCGGGGACGUACACAUGCGUGGCCGGCCGAGCUCAGGAGAACUUUGUCUUGAAGCUUAUUGGCAGCAAGCAGAAGCUCUCCAUGCCAGAAACAGACGUAUGGACCACAGAUGGAUUAAAAACUUUACCAAAAGUUCAACAAACCUCAUCUGCAUCGGAGGUCAAAGCUAAAGAGUUGUCGUCUUUUGACCGUUACGAUGAUAUCGUCCAGCAUUUACUAAACGUAAGGGAACUGUCGCUAGAGGAUGUGACCUCAAAGGAAUUACUAGAUUUUGUUGAAAAGAACAGCUCAAACCUGGAGGAAGAUGCGGUUUUGGAUUCUUCAAGUCCUCGGUUGUUAGUCACAGAUGUGUUGAGGUUUGAUGAGAUCAGACGCAAUCUUUCUGGAGCCGUCCAGGGAUUACGGAAAGAUGAGCUGAUCGCUCAGCUGCUCGACGAAUUUACGAAAAGCCACCGUGAGAAUAAUGAAUCCACACAAGAAAAUUCGCCGCACUCCCAGAAAAACAAACACAGACAGUCUUCCAACACCAGCAGGCAAUGGAGAGGACAACUCCAAAGCCCGGUUAUUUUGCAGAAGUCCUCCAGAGACCACAUUAGGAACACGAAUGAAAUCGUGGAGCAUGUUGGAGGUCUUAUUUUGGUAGCCGGACAGACUAGGAAAGUGGAAAUCAAAUGCCAAGCGCAGGGUAUCCCUGAGCCUGUGAUCUCGUGGUCGAAGGAUGGGAAGGUGCUAAGAAACAACAGCAGAGUAGGACUAAUGUCAGACGGGUCCCUGCAAAUUCAAGCUCCCGGUGAGACAGAUGCUGGACUCUACACGUGCACCGCUGCUAACAGUCUGGGCUCCGCCUCUUUGUCAUCUCACCUGCAAACUACAGGCAGUAGCUGUGUGAGCGAUGCUAGUGAAGGGUCGAACCGUUCUGCAUGCUCCAACAACACCAAUCUGCACAACUUUUGCCAUGGACAACAGUGCCCCCACAGGUGGCAGGUGUCCGCCUGGUCAUCGUGCUCUGUCAGUUGUGGAGGUGGGAUUCAGAGUCGCACUGUGACCUGUCACAGCGCUCCCGAGGGGUCGGUGGCUUGUACCGGGAAGAAGCCGGCAGUAACCAGACACUGUAACCUUCAACCCUGUGUUGGCUGGGCAAAAACUCCAUGGGGACCUUGCCAAGGUCACUGUGUUGGAUCACGUCAAGCUCUUCAAUAUAGACACGUGUUCUGUCAAGACAAGAACAGCACGACAGUGGCACAUCAGAUGUGCAGCGGUCAGCCGAGGCCUCCUUCACAGCGUAACUGCACGACGGAGGCGUGUGCUCUUCACUGGCGUGUCGGACCCUGGACUCAAUGCACCGCCACUUGUGGUCGUCACGGAUUCCAGUCGCGUCACGUCACUUGCAUUCACCGGCGGAGCGGGAAGCCUGCUCGCGAGUUCCACUGCGCUUGGAAACCUCGACCGCCCAGCUGGCAGCGAUGCAACAUCGUGUCCUGUGGAAGAGGUGAAUGUCGGGACAGCACCAGGUACUGUGAGAAGGUCCGACAGCUUGAGCUUUGCCCACUGCCCCAGUUUAAAUCACGCUGCUGUCAAUCAUGCCGAGACACUUGAGAUCUCAAUGCGAAGGACGGAGAGAUUUUAAGGAUACGAUGAGAUCACCUGAGCGUUCUUCCAAGUAACCCAACACGGGCCCUUGAGGACGGGGUUUGUGCUGGGUUAGGGUCACUGGGAUUGGUGAAUUCCAGACAUCAGCUCCGAUAAGCAGUCCUGUAAAGAAGACACAUAGGAGCACAAAUAUUUGAUGUUAAUAACAGACUUUGACCUUAUUUUGACUUCAGUGAAGGCUUUGAACUACAAGUUUUUUUUUUUUUUUACAUGUUGGCUAUUUCUUAUAGUCUGCAGAUGUGUGAGUUGUGUUAGUAUUCACUGGAUGAUGAAGACUCCCUCCAAGACACUGUCAGAUCAUGGAUUAGAAACUGGAGUUUUGUGCGUUUUAAAUGCUUCAACCACACCACUAGGCAGGAACAAGUAAAAAGAAGAUACUUUGAGAAAUGUCUCAGUGGUUUUGUGUUCUUACAGUGGAAGUCGAUGGGGGCCAGUGUUGUUUGGUUAGCAGCGUUCUUCAAAAUAUCUUCUUUUGUGUUCUGCAGAAGAAAGUAAGUCAUACAGGUUUGGAAUGACACGAGGGUGAGUUAAUGAUGAAAGAAUUUUUAUUUUUGGUGACCUGUCUCUUUAAAUCCAUAGUGUUCCUUUGCAGUAGAAAUCAAAAUUUGCUGAAUGCGCCAAGCCCACAUUAGUAGCAAAAUAUGACUGCUUUCAAAAAAAUAACAAUGAGCUCAUGAAGAUAUUCUGUGCGGAUGAACCCAUCAAUGUUUACAGACACAGUUCCAGAGGUUAAAGUGAGGUUUUAUAAAUACAGACAUGACAGCAUCUUAAGAAACCCUCCAAAGCGCCAACUGGUUUUGUCUUCUGUUACGUGUAUACUUGUGUAUUAUAUUUGUUGGGAAUUUGUCACAUUGCCCUGUAGUUAUUAGAUUUCACUGGAGAGAAAAAUGGAAAAAAGUUUUGCACUUGAUAUUUUCCAGGUCCAUGGUAAUAAGGAGGCUUGAUUUACAUUCUCAGACCAUUGGUUUCUGUCUUUGGUAACGUGUCGAUGCAGCUUUAACCACUGUCAGAUGUGCAUGGUUUUGUAUAUACUCUCUUAAAUUAAUUUUUCUCAAAAGCGACCAUUUGAUCAUUUUUAAAAAGAAAAUAAGAAAAACGAUGGGAAAUGCUUGGACAUGAUUAAGUGCUGUCACUUAUUCAACACAACCCCUGUAAGUACUUAUGUAUUUAAGCAAAUAUAAAAAUACGUCUUGAACAUAUGAUUGUAUGUUUUUUUGGAGGUUUUAUUCUUUAAAUUGUAUUUUAUUUUAAAACAGUGAUGAGCUGUCUUCAGUUAGUAUUUAUUAAUUUCUGUAAGUGCAAUUUUUUUCUGUAAAUGAAAACAAUCCAGAUGUAGUUUUUAUGAACAUUAGGUUUGUUUCUGUUAUACUGUAAAAGAAUCAAUGCAUGCAAUAGUGUUCAUAUCUAAUGCUCUGGUUCUCAUUGUUAGUAGAUCAUCUUCAAAUGAAUAAAGUGGAAUACAUUCCGUACAUCUAGUCAUGCAUCGUUAAUGUAAUUCACAUUAUAAAAGGGCUGAUUGUUCAUUCGCUUUCUGAUUACAUAU